CUUUGAUCUGAACCAUCCCCUUUAAGGCGGCGCUUACAAAGUGAAACUAAAGACGGCGAGAAAUCGCGAGGGAGAGGGGGGACAGAGAUAGGGAGAGAGAGGGGCGACGGCGAUGGGAGCUCGACUUGGGGAUGGUGCGUUGUGCCGGAGUGCCAGAGCGGUGUACGUGAGCCAGCCCAUGGCCACCUGGUGGUUCCUGCUUGUCCUUCUAGCCGGCUUCACCUGGCACGCGACAGACGGGUUCAAGGUGAUCUGCUCCACCUACCUGAUCCAGGUACAGGUGGGUUCCCAGGUGGUGCUGGAAUGCCAGGUGACGCCAGUGUUGGAGGUGAAGAUGAAGGAGAUACGUUGGACUAAGGAGGGAGCGCUGGUUCACCUCUACCGCUACGGGCAGGAUGAGAAUACCCAGCAGGACGCCAGCUUCCAGGGCAGGACCCACCUGUUCAGCGAAAACUUUGCCCAGGGUAACGUCUCGCUGUUACUGCAGAAUGUCCACCUGUUGGACCGAGGCUUCUUCAACUGCUUCGUGGAGUUUGAGUCCAACCUCAACCACGAUUCUAACGUCGAACUGGACGUACUGAGUCUGGGCGAGCUCCCCUCCGUCAACCUGCUGGAGUACACGGAGGAUGGGGUGCGGCUGGUGUGCGACUCUCAGCGCUGGUACCCGCAGCCCACGGUGGUGUGGAGGCUGCGCCAUGGCGGGGAGGUGUCCCGGCAGCCCGUAACCACGAGCGAGCAGAACGCCAAGAGUUUCUUCAGCGUGAAGAGCAUCGUGGAGGUGACGGCCCACAGUGGCAGCGAUUACCAGUGCCUGAUAACCGGAGCGGACGACAAGCAGAGUGUCUACACCGACUUCCACGUCCCAGAUGAGUUCUUCCCUCGGACGUCCAAGUGGAUGGGCGGAUUUGUGGUCAUUUUCCUGGCUGUCGUGGCAUCGCUUGUUGGACUGGGGCUCCUGAACCGCUGGCUGCAGCGCCACAUACGAGAUCUGGAGAAGCGGGCCGACAAGCAGCG